UCGAGGCAGCCCACUACGUAUUUAUAGUUAUAAUAUAAUCGAGUUAGUUGCGCGUACACCGCGGAAGCGGUGAGUUGGGCACUACGCUCUUUAUAACUCUCCUCACAUUACUGAUAAUGUGAUUAGAAAAAAAUAUACACCAAAUGAUACAAAGACCGCCGUGCAUACGUUGCUGAUAUGGAGUGCUACUCAUCGGAUAGUUGCGACAGCGACAACAGAGAGCAGAAGACUCUGGAUUUCUCAGGACAGUUAAUGGAAACUCUCCGGCUAUCAUCCGAACUAAAGAGCAUUGUUGAUGAGAAAGAUUGCGCUGACAAUUACGAAAUAAUAUUGCUCUACAACAACAGAAUAAAUACUCUUCCGGUUACAUUAAACAGGUUUAGUAACUUGAAGAUACUAGACGUCAGCAACAAUAGACUUACUGCUCUGCCUGAUGUUUUCAAGAAUAGCUCUAUUACGUCUCUUAUAGCAAAGCACAACCAACUUACCAAUGAAUCACUACCGAAAUCAUUUCAAUCAAUAAAAAAUAGUCUGAGGGAGCUCAACCUGAGCGGCAACCAGUUAAAUUUCUUUCCAGAACAGGUGCUGGAGCUAACAGCUUUAAAAUAUCUUUACUUAGGUGGAAACAGUAUAGUCAACAUACCAAAGGACAUAUGGAAACUCAACAGCUUACAAAUCCUAUCAUUAGGAGGCAAUCAAAUUCUAGAAGUACCGGAGAGCGUUGGUCACCUAACAUCACUUCAAGCGUUAGUGCUCAGUGACAAUUUAAUAGAACAGCUGCCGCCAAGCAUUGCGAAUUUGAACCAACUGCGGUCGUUAUUAAUACACAAGAACAGACUCAAGACUUUGCCGACGCAAAUAAUAAAAUUAAAAUGUUUAACCGAGCUAAGUCUUCGGGACAACCCGCUGGUAGUGAGAUUCGUAAAAGACAUGACUUUGCAACCACCAUCUUUAUUAGAACUAGCUGGACGCACACUAAAACUGCACGAUAUUCCAAUACAAAGAGGCGAUGUGCCCCAUACACUGCUAAAUUAUCUUAAUGCAGCACAAUGUUGUGUUAAUCCGAAAUGCAAAGGUGUUUUCUUCGAUAAUCGGGUUGAGCAUAUAAAAUUCGUCGAUUUUUGCGGUAAAUAUCGCAUUCCACUACUACAAUACUUAUGUAGUUCCAAAUGCAUCACUGGCAGCUGGGAGAGUCGCGAGACCGAAACAAACCCUCAUCCACACAUGAUGCGUAAAGUUCUACUUGGGUAAUUUUUCUCUAAUAAAUGUAACAAUCCUAAGUAGGACCAAAGCAGUUAUAAUAAAAUUAUUAUAAUGAUAUUUUUAUAUUUGUUGAAUUUUGUUAUCAAUGUAGACUUUAUAAAAGUAUAUUUGUAAUCAUUGUUUUUUUGACAUAUUUCUAAGGAAUUGUAUACUAUAACAGGGACCAAUAUAAUAUGUGAUAUUUUAAACAAGCAAGUUACCCAAAAUAAAACCGCAUUGUAGUUACC